GCUAGUUUUGGUUAACAUUGUAGACUAUGCCUUGAAGUGACGUGUGUCAUUACCUCCGAUGGCAUGGCUAUGUGUACUAUUAUAACCUGUGUUUCUAGUUAAGGAUUGUACAGAAUCUGCAGAUUGCAAACGUCAUGUCGCUAAAACGUCUGGCCAUCCACAGAAGUUCGUUAUUUUUAUCUACUUAAAUUGGCAUGGGGGUGCCAUGGCUAGCCCAAGUGCGUUUUUUGCACUUGGCGAUAUUUGCCUUCACGGUGCUCUCGGUAUUCGUUUGUGUUUCAUACAUAAAUACAUCUACCUUAAGGACUACAGCAUCACCUUUAAAAUCCUACCUUGCCGAACUUCAAAUGGGCCAAGGUAACAUUAGUUUAUCCGCUGGCCAUAAUGGUUCGUCUGAGGCGCCCCCGCAAUCUCAAAUUAUUUCGCAGUCGAAUCAUACGAACAAUACUCGUCCAGUAUUGGAUUUAACUAGAGGCGUUCCCGCCGAGCUCAUAUACGAAGCUGGUCACAUAGAUGUAAGUUCCAAUAUCUGUCCCGACUUGGGAAAGAACCUGAAGCUGCUGAUAACGAUAACGUCAGCACCAACUCACGACAGUGCCAGAGACGCAAUCAGGCAAACGUGGGGUUCUUUCGCCAGACGAAAAGAUGUCGCUAUAGCGUUCAUGUUGGGUUCCAUACAAAACGAGACUAUAAACAAAAAAUUAGCCGAAGAACAGCAGUUAUACGGUGAUAUUAUUAGAGGAAAGUUCGUUGACACGUAUGACAAUCUCACUUUGAAAACAAUUUCCAUUUUGGAGUGGGUCGAUGAUUACUGUUCGAAAGCAGCUUUUGUACUUAAAACCGACGACGAUAUGUUUAUAAAUGUACAGCGUCUUCUCGCAUUCGUCACGAAACACAAGUCAGAACAGAAAAUCAUAUACGGACGGUUAGCCAAGAAAUGGAAACCAAUUAGGAAUAAGAAAUCGAAGUAUUACAUAUCGCCACAGCAGUAUAAGCCUCCCGUUUUUCCAGAUUUCACAACAGGUCCCGCUUAUUUAUUACCGGGGAAUUUAGCGAAGCCCUUGUAUUUGUCGGCAUUGAACCAUACAUAUCUCAAACUGGAGGACGUGUUUUUGACCGGAAUCGUAGCGAACGGCCUUAAAAUCAAACGAGUUCACGCCCCGGAGUUUUUGAACAAAAGGGUUUCCUUCACCCCGUGUAAUGUACAAAAGGAAAUAAGUAUUCACAUGGUUAAAAGUACCGAACAAUACGACCUGUGGAAAAAACUGCACGACGUUGCAAAGUGUAAAAAGUGAUCGACAGGUUAUUUAAUUUCGAACAAAAACUAAACACAAAAGAUUCGUCUCAAUUAGUUUUCGUUGUUUAACUGUAGUUAAUUAUUGUUAACAGUAUUUAUUUCGUUUAAAUUAUUUCAGUUGAGAAUAUUGUAUACCUUUAAAAGGACGGAAGAACAUAUUACAAAUGAAUAAAACUAUUUUAUAGAACAGAAAUAUAUA